AUGAGUAGUGAUAAUUCCAAAGAUGGGUUUUGCAAAACCCGCCCGGUUCUCGGUGAUUUGACCAACCGGCUCAUAAAAAGGGGGUUUUCGAUGAUUUCAGCUGAUUCGAAACCUAAAUCUGGAGAUGGGUAUGGUAAUAAUGUGGAUUCUGAAAAUGGGGAUUCCAAAUUUGCCAAGCAAGUGUCUUUAGGGUUUGAGAAUAUAGUAAGAGAGAAGUGUAAGACCAAAAUUGGAGCAGAAUGUAACCCUGAAGCUUUAUCUUCCCCAAAGGGCACACAAGAUUCUGAGUUUUCACCUACUUAUACUGCCACUGAUGAAUCAUCGAAUGACAACAGUGACUCUGUUACCUUGACUAUGUCGAAUGACAUUGCGGAAAAGUCCAGUGACACUGGAGAUAAUGCGAGCAGUGUUAUGGGGGUUGCUGAUGCGUUGAUGGAUAAUUGCACGUCCAUUGUUUCAAAUUCCAAGUGCUCAGGACUGUGCAAGAAUGACUGUUGUGAUGGUGGAGGAAAAUGUCAAUGUGAGAAAGCGGGACAGACUUCUGAUGUUGCUCAAAGCAUUCCUCUAUAUGAAGGAUUAGUCACUGUUGUUCGCGGGAAUGAUGAAAAGGAUCUUGAUGAUGGUAAUCUGGCAUCAAACAAACAUGGUUAUGCCAAUAGUUCGAGAUUGCCUGGGUCACAUGGUUGCUCAAAAUCCCAUGAAUUUGAAAAAUUGGAAAGAUGCACGACUCUUAAGGGUGAUAAUGUUGCUGGUUUGAACAUUGGUGAUGACUUUCUUAAAGGUUGCUCUUGUUUGUUUUGCUUGAAAGCCGCUCACAUUUUGUCGGACCUUCAAUACCAGGAUAUCAAGGGUCGAAUUUCUGCAUUGAAGAAGAGUCAAAAGGAAGCGAACAUAUUUGUUGAGAAAAGUUUCAGGGGAAAGGAGAUUGAUACUAAGGGCUGGCCUCACCCAAACAAAACGUCAAAACUUGAAUAUGAUCUCUCGAGUCAGUGGAGAUCACUCUUUCUUCACGUGGAGGAUAUGCUUGUUCAUGAAAGCAACCAUCUCCAAGACAGUUAUGUCACGCUAAAAGAUCUGAGAGACAACUGCAAGAUGGAACUGGAAAUGACGAGUGGCAUGCCUUCAGAGAAACAAUAG